CCAGUUGGCGCCGGACGCAGUAGUGGAGGCUUAUAAGCAUGAAGACAGAGGACGCUGGGACUGGAGAGUCGUCUUCUCGGCUGGGGCCUCCGGCGUCCACUAAUGACCGGCUUUUCCUGGUUAAAGGUGGAAUUUUCCUUGGUACUGUUGCUGCAGCGGGAAUGCUGGCUGGAUUUGUUACAACACUAUCAUUGGCUAAAAAGAAAAGUCCUGAAUGGUUCAAUAAGGGAAGUGUGGCCACGGCUGCCUUACCGGAGAGCGGGUCUUCCCUUGCCUUGCGAGCCCUGGGCUGGGGCUCACUGUAUGCCUGGUGUGGGGUUGGUGUGAUCAGCUUCGCAGUCUGGAAGGCUCUAGGAGUUCACAGUAUAAAAGACUUUCGAAGUAAAAUGCAAUCAAUAUUUCCAGCAAUUCCCAAGAACUCUGAAUCGGCUGUUGAAUGGGAGGAAGCAUUGAAAUCCAAAUGAGAUGAGCAUGGUGGGUGAAGUCCAGAACGAUUGUUACAGGAAAAGCUGGCUUUGGAGAUGUCACAACAGCAAAGGGACUCGAUGGAUUUCUCCUCAGGAACACAUGCCGAUUGUUGAGUGAACCUAUGGGAUGGAUGGCAUUCCGUGUCCUCACAGGAGGCCGACAGUCAUCUCUGUGUGCUGUACUUUACAGCUGAUUUGGUUAUGUUCAUAUGGG